AUGGGAAGCACUGCCAUGGACAAGAAGAAAGAUGCCUCCAGCAGCAGGAAAAGCUCCAGCCAGAAGAAACUCAUGUUGCGAGUGCACAUCCCUGAUCUCAGCUCAUUUGCCAUGCCCUUCUUGGACGGUGAUGUGGAGAGCACAGACAAAAAUGCUUCUCGCAAGGUGGAAGAAAGCUACUCUGCCGGCAGCCCUUCAAAAGGCCUUUUCUCAAAAGGGCUCCAGAACCGACCUUCGAGCCCCGUUUCUGCCCCUGUGAGAUCCAAACAUAGCCCUGGCUCACCCAAAACAGUGUUCCCCUUCCCCUACCAGGAGUCUCCCCCACGCUCCCCACGUCGAAUGAGCUUCAGUGGGAUCUUCAGGUCCUCCUCCAAAGAGUCCUCCCCCAAUUCUAACCCGUCUACCUCUCCUGGGGGCAUCAAGUUUUUCUCCAGAUCAAGAAAAACCUCUGGCCUCUCCUCUUCUCCAUCUACCCCAACACAAGUGACCAAGCAGCCCACGUUUCCUCUUGAAUCCUAUAAGCAUGAGCCCGAGAGACUAGAAACACGGAUUCACUGUUCUUCACCUCCGGACACAGGGCAGAGAUUUUCUCUGCCUCCAUCUCAAAGUGCAGCCAAGCCUCCUAUCAUGACACCAGCUCCCUGUGCUACCUCAAAACCAGUAAGUAAAGCAUGUACAGGGUUGUGUGUAACUGUUUCUUGUAUUACAACUGGUGGGCUGGAGCGUGUGUAUCUAGAUGAUGAAUCACUUGAAGAAUCGGAAAGUGACAUUUAUGUGCGAUUCAUGAGGUCACACAAGUGUUAUGACAUUGUUCCAACAAGCUCUAAGCUUGUUGUUUUCGACACUACGCUACAAGUGAAGAAAGCCUUUUUUGCCUUGGUGGCAAAUGGUGUGAGAGCAGCUCCACUGUGGGAGAGUAAAAAACAGAGUUUUGUAGGAAUGUUAACAAUUACAGAUUUCAUUAACAUACUGCAUAGAUACUAUAAGUCUCCAAUGGUUCAGAUAUAUGAAUUGGAGGAACACAAGAUAGAAACUUGGAGAGAGCUUUAUUUACAAGAGACAUUUAAACCUUUAGUGAACAUCUCCCCAGAUGCGAGCCUUUUUGAUGCUGUAUAUUCAUUGAUCAAAAACAAAAUCCACAGAUUGCCAGUUAUAGAUCCCGUCAGUGGAAAUGCACUUUAUAUACUUACCCAUAAAAGAAUCCUCAAGUUCCUCCAGCUUUUUAUGUCAGAGAUGCCAAAGCCUGCCUUUAUGAAGAAGAAUCUGGAUGAACUUGGAAUAGGAACUUACCACAACAUUGCCUUCAUACAUCCAGACACUCCUAUCAUUAAAGCCUUGAAUAUAUUUGUAGAGAGAAGGAUAUCGGCAUUACCUGUUGUGGAUGAGUCAGGAAAAGUUGUAGAUAUUUAUUCCAAAUUUGAUGUAAUAAAUCUUGCUGCUGAAAAAACAUAUAAUAACCUAGAUAUCACGGUGACGCAAGCCCUACAGCACCGUUCUCAGUAUUUUGAAGGUGUUGUAAAGUGUAGUAUGCUGGAAACACUGGAAACCAUUGUGGAUAGAAUAGUGAAGGCUGAGGUUCAUCGUUUGGUGGUAGUGAAUGAAGCAGAUAGCAUUGUGGGUAUCAUCUCCCUUUCUGACAUUCUACAAGCUUUGGUACUCACUCCAGCAGGUGCCAAACAAAAGGAGAAUGAAAGUGAAUGACUGCUGUGAAUGUAUACAUGUCUGUAGGAGAACUUGAACAAAGUUUCUGGGUCAAGUUUGUCUCAAGAACAGUGACUGCAAUGGAAACAGAGCAGGAUGGUUGAGAAUGUGUAUUGGGACUUAGUGAUGGAUGAUGAGUCUCUUCCCCCCAGUGAUGUCGCAAAAAAAAGCAGCAUGACAAAAGCUUAUGUUAAAAUGUAGGCUUGUAUUUCAAAAUGUCUUCAAAACAUUUGCUGGAAGACUUCACAUGAUGUCCUUCAUUAAAAUGCACUGUAUUCUGAAACUUUUUCAUUUUGUAUUUGACAGAAGUCACUGGUCAGCAAUGGAUAUAUGUGACAUAAGGCAAGUGUAUGGCAUAUUCAUAUCAUAGUGCCUUAUGUCAAAAUACAGCAAUAUGUCAUCACUGUUGCCCAUCACUGUCAAAGGAAGUAUUGUGCUAAACGAGACACUGUAUUUGAAUGUGAAAGUCUUUAAACCUAAAACCAAAUCAGUUUCAGUUCUCAUUAGAUUUGUCAUAAAAGCUGUAAUUUGAAUAUCAGUAGACUUCUUUAAAACUUUAAUGACAGUUUUGUGUUAAAUGUUGCAUUCUGAACUGAGAUGUAAAACAAGACUGAUUUUAAAAACAGCUUUAUUUAUUUUUACUUUCAUGACAAUUUUUUACACAUCUUUGGUGGAUAGCUAAAAUUUCACCAUAUCCAUUAAUAAACUGUUGAUUGUUAUACAAACAAGUGGUAGAUUUUUCUCAUUAUUUAAAACUUUGGAGUUGCAGUAGCUGUGGCCUGUUGAUCAGUCCAUAGUACUUGAGCUGAAGAUUCCAGAAGCGCAGAUCGAGAGAGCUCUGUACUGUAAUACACAGGUACUGUGGAGGAAAUUAGGUGCUAGAAAACAAUCUUUUUGUCUGUAUUAAAGUGUAAAACAAUGUUUGUACAACAAAACUGAAACUUUUUAUUGUGUAUGAUUUGUACAGGAGUGGAGGAGCGAGGAAAGCUGUGGGGUGUUUGCUAAUGUAAAUGUGCUGUAAAGUUUGAAGAUGAGACUUUUAUAAUUGUAGAUUCUUGUAGAUGGAAGAAAUUAAACCCUACAACAUCA